AUGGCACCGCAAAGACAGUGGCCUCGCGUCGAAUUCGUAGACCAUCCCAGGCUCUGUGAAAGAGCACCAGAUGCCUACGCCAAAGGGAAGCCCAAAGUUUGGUGCAAAAAGUGUUUGGCAAAGGCCUUACGCGAGUGCGGACUGUCCGAUGACGCCGCUUUCAAACUGUGGGACAACGCUGAAAUCUGCCGCAAACUGAAGGAAGACCAUCGUGGUUGGCUCGUCUGCCGCACGUGGACGUGCCUAACGCACCUAAGGGAUUGCAAGUCUGCGCAACCCAAUGAGACUCGUAAACGGGCUACCCAAGAGUUGGACGAGCUCAACGCCGCGCGCAGACGAAAAAAUGAGCUCAGCCGACGCUCAAAGCCACGGCUCACCCGACGGUUGAAACACCGCCUCACCCCACCCUCAACUCCCCGCCUCACCCCACUCCCAACGCCCCGUCUCACGCGAUCCUCAGACCCGCGUAUUUGGUCGCCGUUGCCGCUGCCGCCGUCGCCGUAUCUCGCCUCUUUUACCGAGCCAGCACCGGGGCUGGCAGUGGUCAUUGCCGGAGCGACGCCUGGGCAGGCGAGGGGGGACGAGCUUUGGCAGGAAACUGUGGCGCUGCAGUCUCCCUCUUCUAUAGUUCCGCUCGUCCCCGAUAUUUCCGCGGCUCCGCCUUUCGCCCCGAUUGCGCCCCAGUUUCCUGUGCCUUCCCUUCCUACGUUCACGGCGUUCUUUGAAUCGCAUGUCACCAAUGCAAAUAGCGAUCAUUAUGGAGACGUGCCGCUCAUUGACGGCGGUAGUUUUGCCGGCAUGCACGGAAGCGAGAUGCAGCAAGCAGCUCUCCAGCCUGCCUUUGCUCCCUGUAUGGCGCCCGAGUUCCCGCGUCCUAUGCUCGCGAAUCAGCACAAUAUGUUCUGGAAGAGCGGAGGAUACGUUGCGCCGGACUCAGAGGCCACUUACACAGGAACUGCCUCAAAUCAUAUCAUGUAUCUGCCAGACCAGUACAGCAUUCCCCCUCAGCCGCCACCAACCUAUUCACAACAGCCCAUCGGUGGGGACUCCAGCUCCUUCUGUGGCCCAUGUAUUCCCACAGAGGACCGUGUGCGAUAUUAUACGCCAGCCGCUUCAAUGCUGCCGUCGGCCCGACGUCCUGUCGGGCAAGAUGACAACGCGGAAGGAGCUGUCCACCACUCUUCCUGGUUUUGGUAUCACGUUGAGCCCAGUACCGUGGGACAAAGGUAUUCACUUGCGCCGGAACCCCUGCGCCCUCCGUUCUGGCCCCCUUGGUAA